CGGGCGGCUGAGCCCAGCUGGCGGCUCGCGGGAGGGACUCGCGGCUUCCUCGCAGCCCGGGCGCGAUUUCCCCAGGAUGCCUCUGCGGGUCAACGGGGAGCGGAUCGACCCGUCGCGGCCCGCCCGGGAGCUGCUGCGUUUGUGCCCGGAGCUGGAGGAGAGAGCCAAGCUGCUGCGGAGCCAGCCUGCUCGAACAGUGGGACCCCGAGGCCUUUUGUAUGUUCAGCAGAGAGAGUUUGCAGCAACUACUCCUAAAGAUGGGUCCAUUUCUAUUCUGGGAUCUGACGACGCAACUACCUGCCACUUGGUAGUGCUCAGACACACGGGUAGUGGGGCCAUCUGUCUGAUGCACUGCGAUGGGUCAGAUACAGAAAAAGAAGUUUUAUUAAUUACCAACGCAGUCAGAGCGCUCUCUCCUAACACAGAAUACGGAAGGUUGGAAGUACAUCUCGUUGGCGGCUUCAAUGAUGAUCGACACUUAUCCCAACAACUAACCCAUCAGCUUCUUCGAGCGUUUGACCGCUUGCAGGACGAUAUUCAUUUAGUGACAUUCUGUGUGACAGAGUUGAAUGACCGGCAGGAAAAAGGCAAUCACUUUCCAUACAUUUAUGGUAUUGCUGCAAAUGUUAAGACUGGAGAGAUUUUCCAUGCUUGUUUUCCAGACAAAGGACCAGAGGAGGAUUUGCGGUCAGCCAGUAUCUUAACAGGAGCUCAGAUGGUUAACAUUUAUGACUCCAGAAAGGAGCAACUCUGUAUUGGGCCUUACUUUUGGAUGCCUUUCCCUCCGGCGAAUUUCUGGCUAGACCAGGAUGACCAGUACCUACUGCAGAACCUCUCCACAUCUCCCCGGGCUGAACCGCCUCAUUUCAUUUCUCACAUCCGAGCAACUCUGCUGUGUCUGAAAGAGCAUCCCUUCCCAGAUCAGACCCUGUUCUCCAGCAGAAAGCCUUGGAUCUAUAUCAAGAAUGAAGACGGCCUCUGGGAGAAGAUUUCUGACCAAAUCUAACCUGAAGAGCAGAAACUGAGGCCGUAUAGUUGUACCAAACAAGGAACUCACAGUCAGAGGCUAAGAUGGAUUACAGAAAUAAGAUUGUAAUAUACAUAAACAUUGUAAAUAUGCACAUACA